CCUCUGUUGGACAAACUAAAAAUCACAGAAGAUGGUUUAUAACGGCGCCGUACGCUGUACACUAGGGGGCGAUAUAAAUCCUGUUCUCCUUUACAAGAACAGCAAGAAGAAGAAGUGGGAAAACUACGAGGGACCUCCAAUUCAAAGGAAUGGCCAGGAUCCGUGUGUUGUCUCAGAAGUUUAGUAUCUCUGCUGGAAUGGGAAUCUCGCAGAUCUUGUGAGUCUUCAAUCCCAGAGCUUUUUUGUUCGUUUUGAGAGUUCCAGCUUUUUUUACACUGCCCCUUGUUGACCUUCGAAUCUAUCUGCAUUAUGAGUGACCCAAAGGGCAAAGAUGAUACACCCAACAGUCUGUCCAAUCGAGACGCCAUUGACCUGCCAGAUGAUGCCUCUUUGAGUGACUCAGAUCCUGAUGAAACUGCACAACCACUCAACAGAAAAAUCGAGGAAUUGUCUUCUUCCUCUGAUGAGGAAACUGUUCAGCAUGGCAGCGACGUUCCUCAAGGAACUCCAAUGUUCAAGUUGGCUGGUGCGAGUUUUGGCUUUUCGUACCGCAGCAAAAGCAUCUUUGAUCACCUUGAUGGUGCUGUGAAGCUUACUUCGAGUCAACUGGCUGAAGACAAUGUAGUCGAUGGAACGUUCGCUCGACCUGCUCCUCCAUCGCCCCCUAGGAAACAAAUAGACAAAGAGAGCACCAAGAAGGUUUCAUCAACUAAAACCGUACCAGGCUACGUGCUUCACCCUGAGCGGUGGACACGCUAUGACCUGGACGAUGUUCCUGAGACAAGUGACAAAAAAAAUAGCCAAGUGGCCCAUGAGUUCAUACAGGGACUCCGAAACCGUAGGAGAUCCCAAGAAGCCGAUGCGGGUUCUUUUAACCCAGCAUUCAACCAGGACCAUGGCAGCAGAUCGGAGCACAAGAUUAUCUUCUCCAAGCCUGGUCAGCUUUCCAAAGAAGCAGGCCAGAAUCUGCAAAAGGUGGACAGAAUAAAGACAAAAGAGGUUGGGUUGGUUCACUUGGAUGAUGAACUGGAGGAGGAAGAAGGAGGAGAAGAAGAAGGGGCAAAGAUGGCCUCUCCCCACCACAACCUUUCAGCCGAUGGCAAGAAAAAGAAAAGAAAAUGGAUGGAGGAACCCAGUGAAGAAUUAAAAGAAAGUAAUAUUCCUUUCAGCAGUGGGAGGAAAGUGAACCGAAAGAACUUCCGCAAGACAGUUGAGGAUGAGGACUAAAAGCUUUUGAGUGCAUGCGAAUGCCAAAACCUGAUCGCUGUGAAUAUAAUCAGCUUUUAUCCCUUUUCCUGUGUAAUUAAUCAAGCACAUAUUAUUCUGUUCAUCUGUAAUGUGGUAGUUUUUACAAGCACCAGUCAGUACAAGAAAUGAAAUUAUAUUACAUUUCUGCGUUCUUUACAAUGCAAGCUCCCAGUUUCAUUGUUGUGUGUGUGUGUGUGUGUGUGUGUGUGAGAAACAGCAUUGUAAAGAAUUAGUUACAAAAAAUCUUUUGAUAAUCUUUAAAAGGGUUUAAUUAAAAGUUACUUUCAUGACUGACAUCAUAUUAAACAGUUUUCUCUUGACAUUUGGAUAAUAAACUGAUCAGGUUUGCA